AUGUCGUUCCAGCGGGUUGGGCAAAAGAGCUGGCUUGAUGUGUUUCCACUUAAGAAGUAUGUGUACAAGUCCAACGCAGAGGAUAAGCACCGAACGCUCUUUGUAGAUGUAGGAGGCGGCUAUGGACACCAGUGCCGGGAGACACUGAAGAGGUUUCCCUGGCUGCAAGGGCGUGUUGUGCUGCAGGAUACCCACGAGGCAGCCAUAGACUCAGCCAUGGCCAUUGAAGGACUAAAGGUUGUUCACCACGACUUCACCAAGCCUCAACCAGUUAAAGGGGCCUGCGUGUACUAUCUACGAAAUAUCCUGCAUGACUGGCCCGAUCAAGCCUGCUAUAACAUUCUCUCCCAAAUCAAAGAGGUCCUCGCUCCCGACUCGGUCAUUCUGCUGGAUGAGCUCAUCAUUCACGAUGAGGGCGCACAUUGGUAUGGUGCCUCGUUUGAUCUGCUCAUGAUGGCCAACUAUGGUGCACGCGAGCGGUCGCUGAAUGAGUGGGAUCGCCUUCUAGAGACAGUUGGCCUGGAACGAAAAACGUUUGUGCCUUACAGCAUGCAUGGAGAUGGUAUUCAGGUGGUUGGUGUUCGAGGAACGAUUCACGAAAAUUUGUGA